AGGAGAAAGAGAGAGAGAGAGAGAGAGAGAGAGAGAGAGAGAGAGAGAGAGAGAGAGAGAGAGAUGGUCGGACCAACAAGACCUCAGUUUGUGAUAUUUGGCUCGUCCAUUGUCCAGUUCAGCUUCGGCAAUGGAGGAUGGAGUGCCAUUCUCGCUGACCUCUAUGCUCGUAAGCAUGGCGAUGAAAUCUGAAUUUCUGGCCGACGUACUGGUGCGAGGAUACGCUGGUUGGAACUCGAGGCGUGCUUUGCUGGUUUUGGAUCAAGUAUUUCCCAAGGAUGCCAAAAUUCAGCCAUCUUUGGUGAUAGUUUAUUUCGGUGGUAAUGAUUCGAUGGAUCCUCAUCCGUCAGGGCUAGGCGCUCAUGUACCACUUCCUGAAUAUAUCGAAAAUAUGAGAAAGAUUGCUAAACAUUUAAAGAGUCUUUCAGAAAAAACUCGCGUUAUCUUUCUUACUGCUCCUCCUGUCAACGAGGAACAAAUUCAUGAAGCCAGUGACUAUGUUCCGCCAGAGAAGCGAACAAACGAGUCCUGCAAAAAAUAUUCAGAUGCUUGUUUAGAGGUGUGCCGGGAGUUAGAUAUCAAAGGUGUUGAUUUAUGGACUUCAAUUCAAAAAAGAAAAGACUGGUCUACUACGUGCUUUACGGAUGGAGUCCAUUUUUCAUCCGAAGGGAGCAAGAUUGUGGGAGAGGAGAUACUGAAGGUGCUUAGGGAAGCAGACUGGGAGCCCCGCCUACACUGGAAAUCAUUGCCAACGGAAUUUUCGGAGGAUUCGCCUUAUGAUCCGCCCGCUGCUGAUGGAAAAACAACUAUAAACAUCGCUGAGAUCAGCGUUAAUGAGAGUGUCAAGCACUGGGGACUAAGCAAUGAGAUUUAAGAUAUAGUGCACGUUUGAUUUGCUUUUCCCCCACACACACACACAUGUAUAUAUAAUUCAAUAGCAGAACCCUAGCUGAAUCAUACAGCCAAAGGUAGAUAAUGGCUGUAUAGAAUUCGGCCUGUUAAUUACUAAGAGUACUUUGCACGAGUGAUAAUAAUUGAGGACUUGUACAUACAAUAGCAGAGAGUAUUCAAGCUCAAGACAAGAGUUUUAACUCUCGCUCUUCCUCAACCUUGGCCUAAGGCCUCCUUUGUACCGAUGCUAAAGGAAAAUUAUAAGUGAAUCAUAUUCUGAAUUUACAUUUGAUAAA